UGGAAGCGUGGCCAUGCCCUGCCACAGUCGGGCAUCUCCCUGCUGCACACGGCAGGGGCAGCCCAGGCAAAGCUGGGAGGAUGCGACUCCGCUUCAGGGUGCCGGCACCCACGGCCCCGAGGCAGGGCGAGGAGUGUGCCCCAAAGCAGGGAGAGCAGGCUGUGCAUGGCUGCGUUUUUGGGGCUGGCCCUGAAGCCGGCCCCGCCGGGCGUGCUUGCACAUAAGGCAGGUGAAUGCAAACGCUGCCUGGGGCGGCAGCUUCCCGGGGGUGGAGCCGCUCCGGCACAGGUGGCAGGGCUGAGCCCGGGCCCUGCGGAGCCUGGGGAAACCUGCUCCAAAACCAAGCCCAAAGGAAUCAGCCUUCACCUAGGCAGUGAGUUCACCUCCCUAAAAACCUAGCUAUUGCCCCCCCUGCCACCCGCAGCACCACCAAGCAAGGCUGGCCAUGGCGAGCACGGACUGCCCAGGGAAGGAAGGCGUGGGGGGCAGGAGGAGGAAUUUGGCCCUCCUGAGGAGCAAGCUGUACAUGGGGGAGAGGAGGAGGACGGAGCCUGUGGUGGAGAGCACUGCCGCCAGCGGGGACCAUGGCACUCUAAGGAGGAGUCAGUCUGACAGGACAGAGUACAGCCAGAAAUUACAAGAAAAAAUGGCCCCGCAGGUGGGGUCUUCAUCGCUGCAGGAGGACGGACAAGUUAGCAGACGCAUGAUGGCCAAGAGGGUGAAAAUCAUAGCAGAACUCAUGCAGACAGAGAAAGACUAUAUCAGUGACCUGGAUCUCUGCAUCAAGGAAGUGAUUCAGCCCCUGAGAGACAAGCAGAUCGCUCGCUUUGACGUGGAUGGCUUGUUUAGCAACAUUGAAUUGGUCCAUCAAGUAUCAGCCAAACUGCUGUCAUUGUUGGAAGAAGCCACAACAGAUGUGGAACCACCCAUGCAAAUAAUCGGGGAAGCGUUCUUGCAGAUUAAAGGCCCACUAGAAGACACAUAUAAAACGUACUGCUAUCGCCACGAUGAUGCACACACCAUGCUGGAAUCCUAUGAAAAGGAUGAAGAACUGAAGCAGCAUUUAAGACACUGUGUAAAGUCCUUAAAAAAGAUAUAUGAGGAAGAAGGAAAGAGAAAUCUAAUGGACAUGGGUUCCCUGAUGAUCAAACCAGUGCAACGGGUGAUGAAAUAUCCCUUGUUACUCUCUGAGCUCUUGAAUUCAACUCCUGCUUGUCACCCUGACCACAAGGCUCUAGAAGAUGCCCUUUUUGCUAUGAAAAACAUUAAUGUGAACAUCAAUGAACUUAAAAGGAGAAAAGAUUUAGUGUUGAAGUAUAAGAGGAAUGAUGAUGAUGAAACCCUUAAAGAAAAGUUUUCCCGACUGAAUAUCCACUCCAUUAGCAAGAAAUCCAAGAGGGUCACCAGCCAUCUGAAAAUACUGACGGGGGGAGAACCUCAGGUGAAAGAUCAGACUUUUAAUAAGGAAGAAAAGUUGUUUCGAAGUUUAGAGAAGACUGUGAAAUUGUGUGUGAAGAACAUUUCACUCUCCUCGCAACACCUACAGGGUUCUAUACAUCUGGCUGCAUGGAAUAUAAUUGGGCUUCAGGAAAUCUUGGAAGACAAAGACGACAAAGUCAACAACUGUUUGAAAAAAAGGAACAACUCAGUAAAUCUCUGUGAAGACCUUAUGGCUCAGCUGGACAAGCUUGUUUUGACUCCUCUCUCAGCACUACAGGCCUUGUUUUCAGGCCCACAGAAGCUCAUCCAGAAGCGCUACGACAAGUUGUUGGACUACAACAGCCACCUUCAGAGGUCAACAGGAGAAGAACUGGACCUGGCAAAGAAAGACUAUGAGGCUCUAAAUGCACAGUUAGUGGAAGAACUUCAAGUAUUCAACAGAGCAGCCAAACAGAUUGUAUUGAACUGCCUGCAUUGCUUCAUCACCCUCCUCAGGAACAUUAUGUCUGCAGCACUUCAGUCAAAUUCUGCUGUGGUGGUGCCUGUUCCCCUGUCUUCCUCAAGCAUCUGUGAAGUGCAGAAUCAGUUGAUGGAGGAGGUUCGCAAGCUGAAUUUUGUAAAAGAAAACAGCAGUGCAACCUUUAUUGAGAGAAAACUGAGCUUGGAAAAAAAGAAACCUGUCCCUUCUCCACUUGAACCCCCACGUCAAACAGAAGGCCACAGGUCCAUGCUGUUGUCUACGUACAGCACAGAAUUGCUAUACCAAGCUAAGCGCAAGUGCAAUGCCACGCAGGCAUUUGAUAUUGACUUACAUGAAGGAGAACUGGUGGCUGUUGUGGAGCAAAAGGACCCCUUUGGAAGUACGAGCAGAUGGCUUGUUGACACAGGAAUCCUUAAAGGGUAUGUGUAUUCCUCCUUCCUGAGGCCUUACAAUCCAGCCAAAGGGCAGAAGGACGUAGCAGAAAACAGCUUUGGUGAUGACGACUUUGAUAAUAUCAGCCUCUUUGUCUCUUCGCGGCCCUCUACUGACAGAAGCACAAGAAGUCCAGGGCACAAGAAGAAUGACAGCAGCUCAUCUCUUCAUUUCUGUGAAUAUCCCACAAUUAAUGGCACAGGGACUGAUGCUUUUCAGGAUAUGGAUGAUCAGCAUACCUUCUAUGCUGUUUAUGCAUUUCAAGCAAGAAAUGAACAGGAACUCAGUCUUCAGGAGUACCAGAAGGUUAGGAUACUUCGGUUUUCUGACCUGAGUGGCAAUAAAGAAUGGUGGCUAGCAGAAGCAAAAGGUCAGAAAGGAUAUGUACCAUCUAAUUAUCUCGGGAAGAUGACAUACGCAUAGGAACAGAAAGGCCCAUUGAGCCAGUUUCUCUGAAGUAGACAGAAUAAUCAUCUAUUACGGUUUGCAGCAAGCAAGGCGAACUCACAAGUGAUUGACAGAAGCCAUGGUAUCUGAUAUAGCAGACAGAUGACAUUGAGAACCUCCAUCCUCCGAAAGCCAUCACCUUGUCAAGACCUGAGGGAGGAAACAUUUAACGGGAAGACUGAUUCUGAUUAACAUCCUGAAGACCUUGCCUUUCUAUUGCCCCAUAAUUUUCUCUUUUGUCAAAGCGUCCUACGUCAAAAGUCAACCUAGAAGUACAAAUCACAGCUAAAAUUAUGUUUUUCUUCCAUGAUAUUUAGCAAAUAAUAUUCAAGAUGAGGAGAAUUAGCCUUGAAAAAGGACAAAUUCAGUCUUCAGGGAUGCUGUAGUUCAGGCUGAAUUGUUCCUGAACUGCUAUCUCAAUGAACAUAGACACAUCUUAAAACUUGAAGUUUUUGGUUGUCUGUUUUUAUCCUCAACCACUUUUGUAAUUAACCUUUUUCUCAGUGGAGACUAUUGGAGUGGUAAAACAAGAAGGAAACAUUAUGGAAAUAGGAAUUUAUUCUAUUCUAUAAAUCUAAUAGGAAACAUUUAAACUUAAACCAUACCAAAAGUGGUGGUACCAGUUGCUGGUCCCAGGGAAGAAUGUACCUUUAGGUAAAUAUGGAAAUCGGGGAAGGAAGAGAGGGGCACAAGAAACAAGUACUGUGAAAUAAAGAAGUUGUAAUUUUCAAAAGAAUUACACAACUACUUCAUAGGGUAGGUUUGUAGCAAUACGAAAGUGCUCCAGGUUUGAAAUUCCACAUAUGUCUCCACACUAAUUGCUUUAUAGUGCAAGAUCUGUGUAGUGAAAUGAAACCUGUGUUGUUAGACUUGGGAAAUUUAUUAAGAUGUAAAAAAGAAAAAAAAAGCAGUGCCUUUGCAUGAAUAUUUAAUGCCUAUCUGAUUUCUUAUGUCAGAUACAGGGGUCAUAAUGUCUAGGGAAUAAGCUAGGACUUAAGAUGCAUCAAAAUUUCUCUUCCAGAAAAAAAAAAUCAUCAUUCUCAAAGUGUCUGAUAUCAGAUGGAACAGUGAAGAAUGUAUCGAUAAGCUGAUUCACUAUUUGCAGAAUUCAGAGUCAAAAGCCCUGUAUUUUGCUAAGGUAUGUUCAAAACAGUUGAGGCUCUUUUAAUGAGUUAAUGUAGUUCACAUUGAAUAGAAAACACAAAAUCACAAGGAAGGAUCUGAAUGUCAAGUAGUACUUCUUUAGGUUCACUGACUACUGCAAUCCUUAGGUCAGGCUGGUGCCCUACACUUGAGCUAGACUAAAUAGUGAUAUAAGAACAUCUUGUUGCUAUUACCAUCAAUAACUGUGUGUUCACUGCAAUUUAUUUCAAUACAGCAAUGCCUAGGUCCUCUAGUGAUAAGUGAGGACCUUCUUGUGCUAAGCAUUGCAAAAAGGAAACAAAAAAGUGACUAUGCCUGCAGCAGGUAGUGUAAUUGAAGGUAAACCAUCAGGUAUUUUCUGCAUUACUGCAUAAUUGCUUAUUACUGACUGACCAUUAAAAUGACAACACUAUUAAAAUUAAGGGGGGGCGGUGUUGCUGAUCAAGGAUAUAUAGAAAUUGUUCUAAAGCUUUUGUAUAAGUUUCUACUUACUAUAGUUGAAGUGUGGGGUAUGAAGAUGAAAUGAUUCAAAACCCUUACCGAGAUGUAAUAGGAAAUAACUUGUCAGGAAAAAAAUAAAAUGAGAGAAGUUAGGGCAGUCGAUUCAAACAGUAGUUUUUGCUACACUAAUGAACCUAGUUUCAUUCUCUUUAGUGUCCCAGUUUUUCAUAUUAUUUGCCUAAAAAGGUAAAGAAAGUUCUCAGUCUUGCUCAGAAGAUGAAUGCAGUGGAUCUCAGAGGUGAGAACCUGAAAUUUGUGCUGGAUUAAAUCAUAUGAUAGAGAAACUAUUUGAGUUCUCCGAGGUGGACAUCCAGAAACUGGUAUGUGAAAGUCUCUGAACUACUGCAAUCCAAUGAGCAGUAAUAAUAGAUAAUGCAUUAUUUUGGCUUACUGUAUAUCACCUCAUGGACUUAAAUCUUGCUGUUUCCAUAGCAAGCAACAAAGGUUCUCAUUCAUUUUAUUAAUGGAUGUAGCUGGUUUUGUGGAAAACUUUGCCUUUAGUUAAAUGAAUAAAGCUUUGGAGAGGGAGUAUCAGCUUAGAAGGAUGGACUGAAAGACUCCUCCUUACUAAGCUUGCAAUGCUUUGGCUUUUGUAUUUUAAGAUUGUGGGGAAGAUGCACACAAGAAGCUUUUCAGUAUGUCUUACAAUUUAGAAUAUUUUAUUUGGAGAUGAUCUAUACUUUGCAAUAUUUGAAACAGUUUUAGAAAUGACUGAAUUGUACUUACUAGGCUUAAUGCAGUCAUGUAAGCGCAAUGAUGAAGUUUUGUAUUUCAGACAGAGAAAUUAAUUAAGGGCAAGAGUCAGGAAAAAAAGAUUUCUGAAGUCUUAGCUCUGACAACUCAGCUUGAGUCAUAGGGAGAGCUCUGAUUUUGAGUGUUAGUAAUGAAAAAUCUGGCUCUGUGAAGGUGUCUCAAGGCUCAACGUAUACUCAGAUACUGCUCUCCAAAACAUUCACUAGGUAUCCUGAAGUAACAAGGAAUGAAGGAUGAAAUAUACUGGAGCUGGCCACCUAAAUUUCAUUGAAUUUCUGUAGGACUUGGGAACUCCUAGUAUGACAUACAAAAUCCCAGUGUAUGGUUAGGACCCAUAAUAAUUUUUAUAUUGCAGGAUAAUUUAUGACUUUAUUAUAGCCUUGUAACUUGGGAUUCAGAAAAAGUAGUUUAUUAGAUACCCAGGUGGACUGGUUUACUCAAUUUCAGUAAUUCAAAGUUUUAGCUGUUAUCGUUUGAUAUUACAGAUAUACUGCAAACUUUUAUUUUUGUUUAAAACAGAUGAAUGCAAACUACAUUUGCAAAAAAUUAAAGAGACGCUUUUUGAAUCUAAAGCCUUCCUAUAUUAAGGAGGAAGGAACAAUUCCUAUUAGACUUGCUUAGACACACUUUUGUUAAGAUAGUGCUUUAAAUACUAGAAACUGAGCUAUGUUAGGCCUCCAGAAAUUCUUAAGAAUAUCCAAUGUUUUCCCAGCUGUUUCUUUAACGUAGAGGAGGUUACAGUAUUCUAAGAGUUUUCUUAUUCUCAUUAAUGACAAAACUAAUUUAUUUUGAUUGAAGCAGGGACAGGCUGCAGUUUAAUGGACUGAGCUGGCAUUUAUUCAAAUGUGUGUUUUACUUGAACCACUGUGACAAUAAGCGUGUGCAAGUACUUUCAAGGUUGGGUCCACUCAAACUGAAGUGUUCCUCCGUUCAGGGAAUGUUUUAAAGUGUUGCCAUUGAUGACCUGGAACCCAGAAAAUGUCCAAGCCAAUGAACAGCACAGAGUCUCUGGCUCUGACCAGCACCUGUGUGCUUCACCAUCUGCCCUCUGCUUGGAAGGUGCUUGCGAACCUUAAGUAACGAUUCACCUUUUCAGUGAAACACAGACUGAAGGACUAUCCCUUCUGACUUUUCAUCUUAGGAAGCUUCACUGAGUAAUUACCGCCUUCAAACACUAAAGUAUACUUUCACUGUCAUUUGAAGAGAGCUUGUAAAAAUGCAGAUGCGUGAAGUGGACCUAACACCCACAAUAGAAAACACAGCCAUGACAAUCCUUGUGCCAGUAGAUCUAUUACUAAUAAUUCCUUUAACAAUAUUGUUUGUUCAGAAAUGGUGAAAAAAAAUCU